AGAUCCCUGUUUUCUUUAGCAAGAAUAAGAGGGAAGGAGGAUGCUAAAGGGGAAGGAGGAUGCUCAUGCACACACCCACCUCUGGCCAAGGGGCGACACCCCUGUGCUACCUUCGCACACACCUGCCCGUUGCAGCCUUCUCCCACAAGCGAGACUCUGUAGGAGCCUCUCGCUUCCCUUGCAUCAGGGUUUAUUCUGCCUCUUGCCUGCUCUGCCUGCAGCAGCAGCCGUGAUCGGACACACAGCAGCUGAAAGGAAAAGGCUCGCGGCCCCCCAGAAGAAAGAGCCCUACAGGUAAGGCAAGGAGGAGGGAGAGUGUGAAGCCGAGCAAGGAACUCAGGGGCAUCUGCUCCCCACACCAGUCUCUACCCAGAGGUGGCCAAGCAGGCGUCUAAGUGGCAUUUGCAGUCACUAGGAAAUGCCUCGGUAUGAGCCGUGGGAUGGGGUGGGGGGACCUUUCUUCUGCUGAUCGGCUCCUGAUCAUGUCAUUCUGCCCUGGUUGCCAGUGAAGAGAGAGGAGGAGAAGAGGGGGAGAGAGAGGGAUGGAGGAAGAGAGAUCUGGAUCACACGUCUUCCCUUUAAAAGCUGGCCCAUGGCAAUGAUCACCUAGUCCUGGUCUCUGCUCUGUGCCGAGCUGUCCAGGGGAAUUACUAGCUGCCCUCCUCCGCACCUCCACCUCCAGCCCCUCCUCCCCUCCAGCUCCUCAAUGGCAGAAGAUUUUGGGAGCCCUAAUGCCAGUGUGAUUGGGGAGAGGUCCCUGGCUGGGGGGAGCAGCUGGGUGGCCGCCUUCCUCUGCUUCAUCAUCCUGCUGACCACCCUGGGGAAUUUCCUGCUCAUCCUGCUGAUCUUCACGCAGCACUCCCUGCGCAACACCUCCAACUACUUCCUGGUGUCCCUCUUCAUGUCCGACCUGAUGGUGGGCCUGGUGGUCAUGCCACCAGCCAUGCUGAACCAGCUGUAUGGCCGGUGGGUGUUGGAGGGCGAAUUCUGCUCCAUCUGGUACUCCUUCGACGUCAUGUGUUGCAGUGCCUCCAUUCUCAACCUCUGCGUCAUCAGCCUGGACAGGUACCUGCUCAUCAUUUCCCCGCUCAAGUACAAGCUCAGGAUGACCUCCUGCAGGGCCGUGUGGCUUAUCUUCGCCACCUGGACCUUGGCCGCCCUGGCCUCCUUCCUGCCCAUCAAAAUGGGGUGGCACAAGCUGGAGUUUGAGAUCAGGCCCCUCAACAGCACCUCCCACGUGGAAGAGGACCAGUGCAGGCUCCUGGUCAGUCUGCCCUAUGCCCUGAUAGCCUCCAGCCUGACCUUCUUCCUCCCAUCCAUGGCUAUCUCCUUCACCUACUGCCGGAUCCUCCUGGCCGCCAGGAAGCAAGCCGUGCAGGUGGCAUCGCUCACCACCCACAUGGCCAGCACCUCCGAUGAACCCCUGCAACAGGUCCCCGGAGCUCAGAGCCAAGCUGUGGCCAUGGGGGAGAACAGGAAAUUUGCCAGUAAGCACAGCAAAAAGGCGCUCAAGGCCAGCCUGACCCUGGGCAUCCUGCUGGGAAUGUUCUUCGUGGCCUGGCUCCCCUUCUUUGUUGCUAAUAUGGCACAAGCAGUGUGUGACUGCGUCCCUGCCGGCUUCUUUGACGUGCUCACCUGGCUUGGGUACUGCAACAGCACCAUGAACCCCAUCAUCUACCCCCUCUUCAUGAGGGACUUCAAAAGAGCCAUGGCUAAGUACCUGCCCUGCUGCCGGCACUCUUGGGAAGGCCGGCCUAGCGCCAUCUCCCUCUCCAUGCGGAACUCCAACAGCGGGCCCCGGCUGGGGAUGUCCCUCAGGAACGUGCUCACGCUGCAGGGCGAGACGGACUCAGUUGAUUCGGUCAUCCAGGUGAAUGAGCAUCUCUUGCUGCCUGCCUGCAAAGACCCCCACCUGGAGUCCAUCCCAGCCACGGGUGCCGACUCAGUCAACCUCUUCGACUUAGAACACAUGGACCAGGAGCUGCAGAUCAACCAGCUGAACACGCCCAUGGAUUGACCACGCUGCCCCAACGGGGGUGGCGGGAGGUUAGGAGGGGCCUGCUCUUGGUUCCCCCCGCAAGCUUAGGCUAUGCACAGACACCUUAGCAGUUCCUGCUGGAAUAUAGUGACACCCUUGAUGGGGAAGCCAAGGAGGGCGUGAUGUGUACAUGUACAAGCCUUCUGAGCCAAAGUGAAACAUUGUUAAGCCACAAUAUACUCCCCCUAUACAUAGAAACUGAUCCCAACGUUCGCUGUCUCCUUAAUCGGGGAGGAGGGAAAACGUGUCUCUUCUUUGUAUGGAAAUCACUGAUAAUUUUUCAGUGGUUACAGGUUGGGAUUGUUUAAAUAUGAUGAACCCAAACUUUAUUGCCAAGUUUACCUGCCUGGUGUUGCUUUCAUUAUUCUCUACUUGGUUUGUCACUGUCCCACGUCCCCCUUCCGCUUUGUAAUGUGGAGAGCAGCACAGGGCACUUUUACGUUCUGCCCCCUGCGUGAUCUGCCCAGGUUUUCAGUGAUUUAUGGUCCCUGAGCUAAGAAAACAGAGGCGCUUAUAUUUUAAAAUUGGAUUAAAAAGCAGCACAUAGUAAAAUUACAGCCAGAGAGAGAGAGAAACAAAACUUACCAGGCACGGAAGGCCAAGGGGUCCAGAACAGCCAAAGGCAGCCACUGAUGGCCAUCACCACUGGACCCCGAGCGCUUUGUUAGCAGGAGAACAAGUGCUCAGAUGCUACAGUGCUGCGGGCAUAGCAUUAUUUGAUGAGAGAAGUUGGUAGGACAUAAGAGCUGCCAGACUGGGUCAGACCAAAGGUCCAUCUAGCCCAGUAUCCUGUCUUCCAGCAGUAGCCAAUGCCAGGUGCCCCAGACGGAAUGAACAGAACAGGUCAUCAUCAAGUGAUCCAUCCUCUGUUGCCUAUUCCCAGCUUCUGGCAAACAGAGGCUAGGGCACCAUCCCUGUCCAUGCUGGCUAAUAGCGAUUGAUGGACCUAUCCUCCAUGAACUUAUCUAGCUCUUUUUUGAACCUGGUUAUAGUCUUGGCCUUCACAACAUCCUCUGGCAAGGAGUUCCACAGGUGGACUGUGUGUUGUGUGAAAAAAUACUUUCUUUUUUUUGUUUUAAACCUGCUGCCUAUUAAUUUCAUUUGGUGACCCCUAGUUCUUCUGUUAAGAGAAGGAGUAAAUAACACUUCCUUAUUUACGUUCUCCACACCAGUCAUGAUUUUUAUAGAUCUCGCCUUCCUCUGAAGCGUGGGGCACGGGUCACUUGCUGGAGGAUUCUCUGCACCUUGAAGUCUUUAAACCAUGCUUUGAGGACUUCAAUAGCUCAGACAUAGGUGAGAGGUUUAUUGCAGGAGUGGGUGGGUGAGAUUCUGUGGCCUGCGUUGUGCAGGAGGCCAGAAUAGAUGAUCAUAAUGGUCCCUUUUGACUUUAACAUCUAUGAGUCAGAUCCCCCCUUUAGUCGUCUCUUUUCCAAACUGAAAAGUCCCAGUCCUAUUAAUCUCUCCUCAUAUGGCAGGCGUUCCAUACCCUUAAUCAUUUUUGUUGCCUUCGACCACCAUGAAGAGCAGCUGUACAGUCAGCUAAGGCUGUGCUGCUCAGACACCGGGCUGCAUGACCGUGCUGGAAUCAAGGCACUAUGCUCACCCUUGCCCCUCUCUUCUCUUCCCCAGCGCCUGACUCCUUUGUUGCGCAUUCGCGUUCCUGAGCUGGAUCACGAGCCGCUCCAAGUCUCAUGCUCACACAAAGCCAGUCACUAGUGUGGGUUAGACCACGUGCAGUUGACUGCGAGCUUGUGGGCAAUGGGCUAUUACAACCAAGGUCUUAGUCCUACAGACUGGGGCUGUUGCGUGAGCCGCACUGGAAGUAAGGCCUGUUCCGGCAUCUCCCCCUCGCAGGGCUGGUGUGAUGCUUUUCAGUUUGAAGGGCCACUCCCUGAUAGCUGCAUGAUGAUCAGCCAGUGUUUGCUGCUCCUAGGCAGGUUCUGAACAGCCCCACGCUGCCCCCCCGACACACACACACACGCUCUCUCUCUCUACCAGCACGGACGGCGUGAGGAAUCCCUCUAGUCUUUUCAUCCUACUAUUUCCUUGAGAAAUCAUCAGUGUGGUGGGUGUCUGAGCAGUACACCAGGAUGCUGAAAGACGCAUUAUAUGGUGCAUAUCGGGCCACAAAGAGGAAAAGGGUCACUGGUAACUAGCUUCGGAAAUAAUGGGUUUUUUUUUGCUCUUGCGAUCCUGCCGCAGAGGCUGAUGGGACGGGAAUGACAGCGGGCAACACUGGCCCCUGUGUUUUUAGAAGCCCUGUUAAUGAGGCAAGAACUCCCGCCACGGGUCAGAGAGCAGCAGGGUUAGCUAGUGCUGGGAAAGUCUGAUGGUGCUGCUGUGAUCGGGAAUCCCAGCUCCCCCGCCCCCUCGGCUGUGCAGAACUCGCUGUCUGGUACUCAAGGGCUUGAUUUGUUCAGUCUGACUAAGGGGGGAUCCCCUCCCCCCUUCCAAGUGGAAGUACUAUGCUUAUGUCCUGCUCUCUGCCCCAUUUAAUUACAAUAGAUUUUAAAAAAUGGUGCAACAACCCUGUCCCUUUAAUACAGGUGCAAACAGCCAGCUCUCCCCUGGCUGCUUCUCUUGCAUCUUCCUAUUUGAAAGCCCCAGGGUGGGGUUCAUGUCAGGGAGGGUGCGUGGGGGUAGAGUGCCACUCUGUUCCAGCCAUGCCCAGCUGACAGCAUGCCCAUGGGGUGGAGCUGCAGGCAUGUUAAGAGAUGCUGCAAGCACCCAUAACUGCCAGUGAAGGCCGUAGGCAUUGCCAGUGCCUUGCACCCCUGAAAAUCAGACCAUUAACUGCUCUCUGCCUCAGUUUCCCCACUUGCAAGGUGGGGGAUAAAAAUGCUCCCCCCCUCUUGUAAAGCGUUUUGAGAGCCUCAGAUUAAAUGUGGCUAAGUGGCGGUGCCGGGGAGCUGUCGUCAUGCUGGAUGCUGUUGGAGGAAAGGGAUUCAUUAUAAGUGGCAUUUGUGUUAGGGGAAAACUCUUUGAAAGGGGAAAAAGUCAAAUCGGCUCUGCAUUUUGGCACUGCUGUUGCUGCUCUUUGUGACGUUUGUCACGGUGCAGCACAAAACACUCUAGGGGUCGCAGUGGAGGUGGUGUCCUGGCUGCACUUUAAGGUGGGCAAUUGCAACUUUCCUCCCUACAACGGCCCCGGCACCUUGGAGACAAGGUUUAGUUUUAUUCUGUGUACAAAACCCUCGCGCUGCUAUAGCUGUGCCCUGUGAAAUGGCUGUGGUGCUCCAACGGUGGGAGAAGCCAUUGGUGCAUCAGGUUUGUAAAAAGCGUUGGAAUAAAAGAUAUGCUAUUGUAUUAGU